AGUUGUGUUCCCCUUGACUCAAGGAUGAGUCCUUGAAAAUCCUGUUUGCAAUUAUCUCUUUGUACAGCAGAUGGAGCCAAAGUAACAGUUUCGUGCAACUAAAAUGAGUUCAUACCAAAUUUCCUUUAGAAGUAGUAAAUACAACCUUCACAAUUUAAAUAAACAUUCUUCAACAAAAUAGAUUAUCAUAUACAAAUACACAACUUGUCGUUUUGUGAUAAAAUGCCCAGGAGAACAUGAUAACGCUGCGUAAGUGCAAACGUCAUAUUUAUCCACACUGACAUAUCGCCAUGUCUAAAUAUCAAGAUUGUUGUCCGUCAAUAACUUGACAUUGUUUCUUAAACACAUCAAAUCAUUUUAAAUAAUCCACCCUGCACCCCUCAGGUAAAACGCGUCUCCUGUCCUCACACAUGUUUCUCAGUGCGCUCAAAGGUUGAGUGGGAAGCCCCCUAAAAUGGAGGAAUGCACGUAGUACCAUCCACACUUUCGCUCCACUCCUCCCUUCCCUUCAGCCCUCCCUCGUUUUUACCUCGUCUCGUCUUCUGCCUAGCAGCAGCUAGCAACUUCGCUUCACGCUUCACCAUCGCUCGCUUCGUCGAAACGCCCCGCGUCCGCUGGUCGAGCAGCAAGCUGCGCGUCGAAACGUCUAGUAUAAACGCGGGAACUUUUGCACCGGAGCGCGCGCCUCGCAUCUCCGCCAGCGACUGUGACGUAGUUAUCGAAAAAUCUUUAUUUCGCUUCGCUCUGCGUUUGAUGUCAGCGAGCUUCGGUCGCGCGCGCAGGACUACUGAACGAACUGCACAGGUUUGUCUGCGGUUAGAAGACUCGUGGAAGUGUGUGAGAACACCUACAAAGCGGUGCGAUGAGAGAGGACGCAGGAAGAGCAGGAGGAAUGAGGAAACGGUUCAAGUGAACGACGACUUGCAUCAUCACAAAGUGCCUCAUCUGGACGGUGCAGCAGUUCGCGUCUGUCUCCGCACUCCCAUCCCGGAUGGUCUCCGCUUCGGAUCGCUCUCCUCCCCGCUGACUUGAGACUGUAUGUGAGUGUGUGUGCGCGUGUUUGGCCUUGGCUCGGGCUAUAUUUCACCCUGACAGUCAAUCACCCCUUCCCUGUUCCUGGAGUCCAACUUUGCAUGCUUUCCAUUUCACCUUUUAAUACAAGGACACCAGUCGAUUAGUUUCCUCUUUGGAAUCAGCUGUCUUUAGGCAACCUGUUCUGUUGGGACUCCAUCCUCGCAAGGCAUGAGAGCAUCUUCAGAGAUUGUUGCGACUACAGCCACAGGAGACGGGCAUUUGGAAGCCUCAAAUUAGAGAAGGGUUUCUGUCAAUGCAAGAAGGCUAUAUAAAACCCACAGCUCCGAAGGGGCGAGCGUAGACAGCGUGGCGACCACUGCAAAGUGCCGUUCUCUACUGCUUUUAGUUUUCCUGGACAACAGCCGAAGAUGCACCACAGCAUGUCACAGUGACCUACCCCACCUCAGCUCUCCGAUAUCUCUCACUCCAUACGCACUGCACGUAUACUUGACUUUAAACUGAUUGAACGUUCUCAUCGUAAUUCCCCACGGCUGAUCAACAGACUAUGCCCCCUUUUUGUCCCUGAGAGAGUUAGCUUACUUCAGGACAGGUAGUCUUAAGGAUCGCCCCCUCCCUCCUCCUCAGUGUGCUCAGUUUUUGCCUUUGUGCUUUAUCACGCCUGGCUGCCCCACCCCACACCUCCGCUCACCCCCCACUCACCGAGGGACCGCCAUGGCCGUCAAUGUGACCAUGGGCCGCGACACCAAGUGGCUGACGCUGGAGGUGUGCAGAGAGUUUCAGCGGGGGGCCUGCUCGCGGUCGGACACCGAGUGCAAGUUUGCUCACCCUUCUCGCACCUGCCACGUGGAGAACGGUCGCGUCAUUGCCUGUUUCGACUCACUCAAGGGACGUUGUACACGUGAUAACUGCAAGUACCUGCAUCCCCCACCUCAUCUGAAGACCCAGCUGGAGAUAAACGGCAGGAACAACCUAAUCCAGCAGAAGACCGCCGCCGCCAUGCUGGCCCAGCAGAUGCAGUUUAUGUUGCCUGGAGCUCAGCUGCAGCCCAUAACCUCUUUCCCAGCAACACAGUCAUUGGCCAACAGUCCGAGCAUGGCUUUCAGCCCGUACCUGAGUCACAUGAGCCCGGGCAUCAGCCUCAUGCCCGAACUUCUGCCCAGUGCCCCCGUGCUGGUCCCGGGGAGCCCCACCGGCAUCGCCAUGGGCAACGGAAACUCAUCGCAGAAACAUGUUCGCACAGACAAGCUUGAGGUCUGUCGAGAAUUCCAGCGAGGAAACUGCACACGGGGGGAGAAUGACUGUCGCUAUGCCCACCCGAUGGAAGCCGCCAUGGUGGAUGGCAGCGAGAACUCGGUCAUUGUUUGCAUGGAUUACAUCAAGGGCCGCUGCACUCGCGACAAAUGCAAGUACUUUCAUCCCCCGGCUCACUUGCAGGCCCGGAUAAAGGCGGCACAGCACCAGGCCAGCCAGAACGCUGCUGCCAUGGCUCUGCCACCAGGAGCCAUGCAACAGCUACCAAAGAGACCGACCCUGGAGAAGACCAACGGUGCGGCUGCCAUCUUCAACCCCAGCAUGUUCCACUACCAGCAGGCUUUGGCCAGCAUGCAGCUGCAGCAGCCAGCAUUCAUUCCUACAGGCUCCGUGUUCUGCAUGACUCCAUCAGGAGGUAUUGGCCUUUUCAAACCCCCAGGCCACAUGACAGAGGGCCGCUGGGAGAGGCGGGACUGGACCGGCUGCAGGGCCCCCCAAAGCCGUUACCUGUCAGGGCCUGGACAUACUGUUCCCAUGAUGCACGGUGCCACCACUUCCACUGUUUCGUCGGCUACGACCCCAGUCACCAAUGUUCCUUUUGCUGAAUCAGCCACCUCCAACCAGACACCGCCGAGGUACUGAGCGCAGACCCGAUCGACCUCCAGUGCAUUCCCAUGGAGACCCAUUUCUGCCCAGUUCCCAAACUCCUGGUCGCCGCACCCAUGACGCUGAAUCCAGUAAGCCUCUCCCGCAAUCCCAGUUAAGACACCAACAACCUAAUCAGGCCCAUCGCUCAUGCAACAUGUGCCCAAACACAGCCGAAAAAUGAAUGCAACAAACGUGUGCCUAAUCAGUUCGUCCUUAAUGGGCAAUACAUUCAUCUCCAUAUCAGACACGCCCACUUCAUUCAAAGUCAACAGGGGUUUGUUGAUAUUGAAACAGGCAAUACUUAAGCUCGGACCUACAACUGUUAAAGGAAGCAUGCCAUCUUGAUGCAAGGGGAGCGUCCGGAUGCUGAAUCGAGAGACAGAGCGCUCUUAUAACUCACAGCCAUACAAAUACAUGCAAACCAAUUCGAUGAAAAGAGCGAAUCCUCUGGAGGUGAACUUUAGAUCCUGCUUAUUUAAGGUACGGUAAGCAGAACAUCAGCAGGUCGAAGGCGUUUCUCUGUCAUUGAAUGUGAUAACUGUGUGCCCGGGGCCCAUCGCAACGAGAAUGAUUGACAGCUGCAACGCUUAUGAUAUUUUAGAAAGCGGUGAUGGUACUUUGAUUUCUUUUACAUUUAAUUCUAAUUAAUAAACGUGGCACGUUUUAUGUUUACAUUUGGAAAUUUAGGAUGAAAAUAAUUUAACAAUUAUUUGUAAGAUAACCUGUUUAUGAUACUGAUUUAAGCUUUUUAGUAAGGUUUCAAAAUGUAGUUGUUUGUGACUUUGAGUUACAAGUGUGUGUGUGUUUUUUUCCCAAUUCUGAAUCCACAUUUUAUUCUAGACUAAGAGGGUAUACCCGUGUAGCCUUUCACAAUCAGCGUUUCAUUCAUUUUUUGUUUCCUGAUCUCAUACACGAGUAUUAUUUAUUAUCCACUGUCCAGUAGACAUAUACUGCUUUAGUGAGAUCAGUGUUAUUAUCCAUACCGAAGUAUCUCGCAUUUCAAGCUUCACAUCGAGACACAUAGUUACAUAGAUUAUUGGUUCAUCCAUUGAAAUGGAACUGCCUUAAGCAGACAUAAUAUCAGCACGUCUUGCUGAACGUUGUGGUGCACACUAAACAGAAGGUCUGGUUGCAGGUCUUCUGAUGCAUAAGAUGUCUCAGUGAGGAGAGAUGGUGUGACGGACUGGUUUAAACUGGACUUUUUAAUUCCAGCUGGAUCCCUUUAGUCAAAGAUGACCUUGGAAUAACACUUAUAUUGUGCUUAGAUAUUAGAACGUUAUCGUAUAUUACAUUGCUUUGGUUGUUGUGUGAAGAAAUCAAAUUUCACCUCAAUUUUAAAAGAAACCGUCUGAUUUGCUUGAAGAAACUGAAAACUGAUUUUAUGAGCAUUAAGAUUAAUUCAUUAUUAUUUAUUAUUUUCAUGAUGGUUAUACACAUUCCCUCUUAAACUAUCAAAUCUACAUCUUAAGGAUGACUAAACAUUUUCAGAAUAUAUUCAUGUAUAUUCAUACUUAAAUUUUAAAUGAUGUGACUAUAUUCUUGUGUGUUUAGCUCCUGGUGAACAACACGUAAAUUAUCUAUUUUUCUUUGUUCAAAAUGCGAAUUGGCUUUUCUUCGUUUAUUUUGAGAUGAAAUAUGACAGAGACACAUAUUUAUUCGAUUACCUUGUGUAACUCAAACCCUUUCUGAUGGCUAGACUGUCUCUGCCAAACCCUGUGUCCUGCCCUACCUGCUGUGUGACAGUCUGUUCGUCUCCACUUCUUGUUCGUCCCUGAGCGUCGUAUCUUCAUGCCCUUUAUUUUCAAUAUCAGUUAUUUGCCAAAAUGUUCUUAAACAGUUUGAUAAGUCGCAUUAUGAGCAGACUGGCUCACAUGUAACAUUUUUUCACGUUUGUGUAUCGUCUAAAUUACAAAGUGAAAAUCUGUAUAAAGUCACAGACUGGAAGCUGAUUUAAAUAUCCCACAUUUUUUCCAUUAUGUGCUUUUUUACUCGGCAGUCGGCACGGACAUGUCAAGUGCACAGAUUUUGUGCCAUUCGACCCCCUGACAGAGGUCAGUCUGUGCCAAUCACGAGAGCUUUCAGACUGUUUGAUGAGGCUUUGACGCACCAAGGUCACACGCCAGAUGGAUCUGAACCGCAAUAUCAUUCUCCCGCAAAAGCAAAUGUGUCCUCCAAGGCAACAGAUUCAAACCCAUUCGAGCAAGCUAUUAUUUCAUGCUUUGUUUUGAAACGUCUCAGUUAUUGCUUCCUUUCAUUAGAUGGGAAAUUGACAUCUGGAUAAUUUUUAGCAGAUGUUUUUAUUAGUGCGUCAGUGAAUGCUGUGUGCGCACGCAAAUAGAGUUCCAAUCCUCGCCAACCAAGAUAUUUCCGCUGUUAUUCAUUAUUAAUAGUCGAAACAUGGAUCAGACGAAACGUCAAAACUGUGAUGUCAGACUGACUGUACACCAAGGCCUGCAACCCAAAAGUUUUGCCCUUUUUGACUUAUAGGAUGAUGGCUGAUUGAACUUAAACUAUUUCAAUUACCGUGUUUGUUUGUGCUUAUGAAACGUGUCAGUUUGGAGUUUCGAACAGGUGUAAAUCACUGAUUGUGUCCUUACUUUCAAAAGUCGGCAGACUCUAAAAUGCAAGGGCGAAGGUGACCGUCCAUUAUUGGAAAAGUGUUCUGGUGUGGACUGUGAGCUGAAAGCCAUGACACUCGGGCAGACACGUUACAGUUAGAGAAAAGGAAAGGAAAUUUAUUAUUUUUAGACCUGGGUACUUUCCAAAGGCCCUCAUCAGCCAAAGGUUCAUUUAAAAGACACUAUCGCUCCUCGUGGGGCUUUACUAGCAUUUAUGAAUGUGACAUUUAAGACGGUGAAUGUCAUGAGAGGAUGCCGGUCUCACCACUUCUCUCGAGCAAAACGUCAACCUUUUUCAACAUAUCAAGGAAGCGAAAGCCGACCAAUGCCAUCCACUGUUGAUGUAUAAAACAAAAACAAAAAAUGUAAUUUAUCAUCACCUAUGAAAGACCCUUCUCUUAACCGUCGUCUCCUUUGGGACGGCAGUGUUGUUUCACUGUUACAGCAGCAUAGCCCCAGGAGAGAGCUCUAAAGAUGCUUAUUUUGCGAUAACCUGAUCUUAAAACAUCAUGGUCUUCUAUUCAGCUAAUUUAGUGGCGGUUAGCACACACAAUUGUAUCUAGGCCAAACACAAAAUCUAUUACAUCAUACAAUGGUGGUAUAAAACACGAACGAUUGUUUAUCUUGGUGGUCAAUAUGAAAUCAGAGAAAGAUGAUACUAUAUUGUGUUAUAAGUGAAAUAUGUGUAUUGUAUACAUCUCUGUACAAUGUUCAUGUGUUGUAAGAUUCUUUUAGGAAAUCCUGGGGCAAAUAUUUCUUGUUUUAUUUAGGAGAAAAUUGUUUAUCAAUGUGUCGGAUUGUGUUUUGUAAUUAAGUUCCAUUGCCCAGCCAAGGUGUAGAACCUCUUUCUCUCUGUCUGUAUCUCUCUCUCUCUCUCUCUCUCUCUCUCUCAUAUAAAGAAUUAUGCCUUCUCCAACUGCAAUCCAGCUGGAAUCAACUAAAUACUUGAUAAAGAAAAAACAACGUGCCUCAUCGGGGGCUUUAGCAUUUUAAGAACUCACUUUUUAAGAAGUGUGCAUACCUGCAUAAUGUAGUUAGCUAGAAUAAUCUAUGUGUAUGUAUUACAAAUGCAUCAUUAUUAUAGUUUUUCAUUAAUGGAACCUGUUUUAACUAUAUCCUCAUUGAAUUCAGUCAUGUUUUGGUGUGUUUUGAGACACAGUGUUAGACUGUUUAGUUUCAGUUUGAUCAUUAUUAUCCUUACUUGGUUACUUACAUUACAUUGCACAAGUCUCAUCGCAUGAAAUUAGAAUAAUAAUCUGAAUAGUCUACAUCAUAGUUUGUGCAGUUAGUGGUUUAAGAUUUAAAAAAAAAAUACUUAAUCUAUAUGUCUCUAUAUCUAUAUACACGUUUGUAUGUAUUACAAUGAUAGAUUCAUUGUUACCUAUGAUAGUAAGUUCUUGUUGCUAUGGCAACAAAACUACAACAUGGCUACCUUUGUAUAUCUUAAUUGUGAAUUCACACUUCAAGUGAAAUAAUGUACAACGUUAACUUAUUCAGAAAGGGAAUGUGUUCUUUAAUUGUCUUGGAAAAACAGAUGAUUGACUAUUUUGUAAAAAAGAAAAAUAUAUAUACAUAUAUACAGACUUGUGAGAUACAAAUAUCCAAAGGCCCUUUGGAGACAUCAUACGUUAUUUCUGUUAUAACGAUUAUCAUUUUUCUAUUGGUGUUAAUGAUAACUUUUUGAUGGGUGACUGUCUUUUGUGUAAACAGCAUUUGAGCUUUUCAACCAAUCUGAUGGAUCAAUUGGGAGAAAAAAAGACUUUGGAGACUCACAUUUGGUUAAAUUCAUGUCAUUUAAAAGCACCGUCGCAUUGUAGAGGGCUAGUAAUGCACUGGCAACGGUGUGUCCCAAAAAAAGAUUUUAAAGUGUCAGCUUUUUUUAAUAACGCAACCCAUGAUGUCACAAACAAAGGACGGUAUCAGCCAUAGUGAGCCUAUGGAGCCCCCAGAAUCGAGUUCUGUCCCCCUCUGGCCCACCCAGACUGCACCCAGCUGUGCUGGGAACUGGUGACUCGAGUCACCCCGUUGGUGUACGAAUGUGUUAUUCACCUUGUUUGCACUUAUGUACAUAACUGAGUCAAAAUAUUCAGAAUUUAUUUUGAAUAUACAUAGAUGAAUAAAUAUAUAUAUGUAUGUAGAAGAGCAGAUUCAAAUCAAAUGACUGUAUUGUUCGGAAUACAGGUAAACAGUUAUCUUUAUAAGGGUUGUCAAAGAGAUGCUGUUUUGGGGUGUCAAGGAAUAUAUUGUUUUUGUUUUGUUUGCUAAUGCCCUCGUUCUCAUCAUGAAGCAUGAUGUCGCUUGCUGACAAAGGGAGAAAAAAUGAUGUCAAUAUGCCUAUGUAGUUUUGCAUAGCUUACAGAAGCGCAUUGAGCUGAGCACUGUGCCUGCUCUUAUCUGAUCCUGAAGUGUGGUUGUGUAGGAGACGUAGAAACAUACCCCUAUAUAUAUAUAUAUAUAUAUACACAGUAUAUAUUGUAUGUGUCUACCUCCCCUACCUGUGCAGAGAAGAAUGUGUCCUGAAACCAAAGAACGGCCAUCUCGUUUCUCUUUUACCUCUUCAGAAUAAAUGGUGUGAUUUUGUUCUGGGUAGUUCCACAAAAGGCAGAAAACGUUCUGCCCAGAAAGAAAAAGAGAACAGCACGGGGACAUUCAAUGCAGAUCUGAUUUGCCCAGACACGCGUUAGCCUUCAGGAUCGGAUUUUAGCUGGAAAGCUUUGCUACAGGUUAUACAAAAAUGAAUAUUUCGCUUUGGUUUGGUUCAGUCGUUGAUGAUUAUUUUCCACCAAGAACAAAUAUAUCUCACAGUAUCAAAAUCAAGGUUGCUUUGAAAUAAGAUGUUAAACCACCAGACAAAACCCUCUGUUAAAGAAAACUUGUACAUUCUGUGCUCUACAAUUGCUUUGGAAGCCAAUAAUUUUGUUGCCAUGGCACUUGCCCUUAUAGUGAGGGAGAGAUUGAGUCUUUGUAGGUUCUUGCAUAUAGACGCACCUUUGGACCAAUUGAACAUGGUCCUCAGCCUUUUGACUGUAGAGCUGAGGUAGCACUUACAUUGAGAACUCGGUGUCCCAACUUGCAUACAGAGUCUGAAUGCAAACGCAGGAUGCUCCUUUACCACUGUGCUUGAUGGGAAAGACAAACACACCCUCUUCUGCUAUCCAUUUUCCUGUGCCUAAACAUUGUGUGUGAAGUGAACGAACUGAUGUUUAAAAGAAAGCCAUUGAGGUUAGACGUCCACCUAACUGUGCCCUACAUUCAGUCACCUCAUUUUCAUAUCCGUGACUGGAAUACUAGAGUCAGUGGUUAUUGUUAGCGUUUGGACUUCACUGAGACUGGAACUUGACAUUAAUGUUGUACAAAGUUGUAUAGUUUCCAAAUGAAAAACCACUCAUUGAUGCAGAGGUUAAGUCCCUUUAAAGGCGUCAGUAGGUGUUUGGUGGCAAAUGCUGAUGCCUGUGUAAAUGCUGUUGUGUGUGUGGAACAGUUAAAAGAAUGUCUACAUUGUUUCAAAGCCAUAUGUUAAAGAUUCCUCUCUCUCCCACUGUAGGACAAGGUAAAACUGAAUGCUUUGACUCUUUAUAUGAAAUGCUUCUCUUUCUAUUUAGCUUAUUGUGCUUGUAUGUGCUCAAGAACUGUGCUUCUUGUCAAUCCCUUUGCGAUAUAUAAAUGUAUGGAAUAUAUAAGACUUCUGUUCUUUUUGUUUGACAUUUUAAUAAAGCACUUAAAAGGCAA